UAUGUAAUUAUACAUAUAUAUAUUCAUCUUCAUGAUCUUUAAACUUGAAGAAUUUCACUCCAUAUAUCUCAUAGCUAGGAUUGAAGCAAUUCCGAUAGUAAUUAAUUAGUUAAGCUAUGUAAUUAAGUACUUUAGAGGAUUAGAAAGGCCAAGGAGAUAUAAACAUCAUCAAUGGCUUAUAAUAAUAAUAAUAAUGAAGAGAAGCCAUCAUCAGUUGUUGCGUAUUAUCUUGUGACUUUGAAUUUGUGCAUGUCGAUUGUGCUCUUGUCCAUCGGCGCCUGGGCUAUCAAUGAAGCCAUUGAUCACGGCUUCAUCAUUGCUGAAGGACUAGAACUUCCGGCGCUUUUCUCCCCAAUAAGUUUUCCGAUGGGGAACGCCGCCACCGGAUUCUUCGUCACCCUUUCGAUGAUCGCCGGAGUAGUGGGAGUGGCCUCCGGCAUCACAGAAAUAAGCCUAAUCCGCCGUGGGAAGAACCCGGAGAGUGCGGCGGCUGCUUCUACUGCUGCUUCUAUUGCCUUCACUCUCACCGCCCUUGCCAUGGGGUUUGCAUGGAAAGAAAUUCAACUAAACGUUAGGAAUGCCAAGCUGAAAACAAUGGAAGCAUUCACCAUCAUCCUUACCGUUACUCAGCUCAUAUACAUAGUGACCCUACAGAUAUAGUAUAGCUCCAUCAACAUGAUCGUAACAUAAUGAUCCA